AUGGCCGAACGUCUUCAACAAGUUGCAGGGCACCUCAGCGGCAACUAUGGCCGAGGACUGCUCAACGGCGAGGUCGCCAUCAUAACUGGCGCUGGACAGGGCAUCGGUCGCAGCUGUGCUCUACUGUUCGCGAAGGAGAACGCGAAGGUCGUGGUCAGCGACCUCGAUGAGUCCAAGGCGCAACUCGUAGUAGACGAGAUCAAGGCGGCUGGAGGCGACGCAAUUGCAUUUGGCGGCGAUGUCGGCGCGGACGAUUUCCCCGAACGCAUCCUGACGGCCACUAUUGGGAAGUACGGAAAGCUAAAUCAUAUCGUUAACAAUGCUGGCUUUACCUACGACCGUAUGCUGCACACCAUGCCGGACGACGCGUGGGAUGUUAUUCAGCGAAUCCAUGUCCGCGCGCCAUUCCGCCUCAUCCGUGCAGCGGCGCCCUAUAUGCGCUUGAAGGAGACCGACAAGCGCGAGAACCGCUCCAUCAUCAACGUAUCUUCGACGUCCGGACUGCACGGCAACGUAGGUCAAGCAAACUAUGCCGCAGCUAAGUCUGCCAUCACUGGCUUCACCAAGACCAUAGCCAAGGAAUGGGGUGUAUUCGGCGUACGCGCCAACACCGUCGCCUUUGGCUAUAUUCUCACUCGACUCACUGCUGCCAAAGAGGAGGGCGCGUUCAUUGAGAUCGACGGCAAGAAGGUAGCGCUGGGUAUCCCUGGCCGCAAGCCGCCGUCUGCAGCGGACGCGUCGGCCAGUGCAAAGGCUUACCCGGAUAUCCCUCUUGCCCGCCCGGGGACGGCCGACGAGGCCGCCGCCGGCGUGCUCUUUUUGGCCUCGCCACUAGCGUCAUAUGUCAGCGGACAUACUCUCGAGGUGACGGGCGGUCGCUGA